AUGGCACCGAAAACCAGCGGAAAGGCCGCCAAGAAGUCCGGCAAGGCCCAGAAGAACAUCGCCAAGGGAGACAAGAAGAAGAGGAAGGUCCGCAGGAAGGAAAGCUAUGCUAUCUACAUCUUCAAAGUGUUGAAGCAAGUCCACCCUGAUACCGGAAUCUCGUCAAAGGCCAUGAGCAUCAUGAACAGCUUCGUCAACGAUAUCUUUGAACGUAUCGCUGCUGAAUCGUCACGUCUGGCUCACUACAACAAGCGCUCGACCAUCACAUCCCGCGAAAUCCAGACUGCCGUACGUCUGCUGCUUCCGGGAGAGUUGGCCAAGCACGCCGUCUCUGAAGGAACCAAGGCUGUCACCAAGUACACCAGCUCCAAGUAA